AUGGCUUCGACGUGUAGUGUUCAGAUAGGAGAAAUCCAAGUCUCCUCGGCAACUGCCGUCACAGCGAAUCCGGUCCUCCAAAGCUACGAGACAAACGACGUGGCAUACGAAUUCACUGCUACCACCUUCAAAAAGACCUCACGACUCCCCUUCAGUAGUCCGUAUCCUGAUGGCACUCUUUUUACAUGGUUCAGAUCAUGGAAUCAUGAGCGCAUUACCAACGAGGCCAAAGCGCUAGAGAUCGUUUCCCAGCAGACAAUAAUUCCUGUACCAAAAGUACUCGAGCAUGGAGAACAUUCAGACGGCCGGCGCUAUUUGGUCACAGAGUUGAUCGGAGGCCUUCUUCUGGAAGCUAUACAACUCCAAGGUUGCUCAAGGCCAGAAGAUCUAAAACAUACAGAGUGUAUCCCAUGCAAGGCAUGUUCAGACCAAGCAUACUCGAAUGCGAAUGAGUUCAUUCACGAUAUCGUUUUGCCACAGCUCGCAAAGUUGAAAUCGCGAGAACGUGGCAUCGGUGGAUUCGUCAUGCCCCCUUCUUGGAUGGCUCCGGACGUAGAACCUCCAUGGAAAGGCAAGAAAUUUUGGAAAACGCUCCCUUUAGAGGAACCAAAGUAUGUUUUCCAACACGGCGAUAUUGCAGCUCACAACAUUAUGAUGGACCCACAAACUCUUCAGGUCAAGGCCUUGAUUGAUUGGGAGUAUGCUGGGUACUUUCCGGCGGGGAUGGAAAGAUGGCCAGGAACGCUGGACGCAGAUGUCUACAGGAAGCGUGGUUGUCAUCUUGCCCAGGCAAUAGAAGAAUUCCUUCCAGAGGAAUACCUAGAAUGUUACGAGAAUUGGAAAGACAAGGAACAAUUGGAUGUGUUGGUUGAAUCAGGGGAACUUCCACAUAUUAGUCGACUACAAGCUUUGAAGGCUGAUGGUCACUGGUCUUGA